UUCGCAGAGGACCACGUGAAGAGAAAAGGCGGAAGAAGUUUCCCUACACUCCGCCUCCUCUGCCUCGAAGUCCGGAAAGCGAUCGUGAGAAUCGCCCCUUCAAGGAAGGAGGCAUGGCGGGGAUCAAAGCCUUGGUUGGCUUAUCAUUCACUGGAGUCCUUGGUUUGACAUUUCUUAUGUUGGGAUGUGCCUUAGAAACAUAUGGUACCUACUGGCCAUUAUUUGUCUUGAUAUUUUAUGCCAUAUGCCCUAUUCCUCACUUUAUUGCAACAAGAGUAAGCGAUGAUACAGACGCAGCAAGCAGUACAUGCAAGGAACUGUCAUAUUUUUUCACAACUGGAAUUGUGGUCUCUGCUUUUGGACUUCCUAUCAUUCUUGCACGUGUUGAAGUGAUCAAGUGGGGAGCCUGUGGUCUUGUGCUGGCUGGAAAUGCUGUAAUUUUUCUUACAGUUUUAGGCUUUUUUGUUCUAUUUGGCAGAGGAGAUGAUUUUACCUGGGAGCAAUGGUAGAAUUUACUGAGAUAUUCAUCUACAGUACAUAUGUCACACAGCCUUCCUUGAUCUUUGUUCAUUUACUUAUUAUUAUUUUGGUGUGUAUAUGGAUAUACUAUGUAUACAUAUGCACAUGUCAAUGUAUUUAGUGUAUGAAUAAUUUGAUCAGUAUUAGCUUAACAUAAAGGAAGUGUACCUUAUAUACUACUACCUUUAUUAUGAGAUACAAGUAAAUUUCCACAGUACUGUGGGUGAUGUUUUGAGAAUGCAAGAAAAACUAUGCAAGUAAAGAUUAUUUUGUAAUAAUGGGGGGCUUUCUUCUGAGUUUUUGAAUUAGGAAUCACAUUUGCAAUUUGACUUUAAAGCAGGAUAAUAAAAGAUAUUAAUUUAUCUUCAAGGUAAAUACAUCAUAAUUCUUCAAUAUAAACUGUUUACUACUCAAAGAGUCAGCAUAUUAAAUCACUCCGGUUUCAUAUAGUUUUGAGACGCAGUUGCCAGAUCCACUGACUUUAGAGCAAAAAGCCAUCUUGAUAUCCUUUUAUCUUCUGCAUGAUUAAGAAAAUAGGACACAAUCUUGUGUAUACCACGAUUGGAUCCAGGUUCUGCCACCAGUGAACAGAAAAAAUAUUUUCCUCCACUAGAAACUUCUGAUCCAGCAGAAGAACUCUACU